GAUGUGGACCUAGAAGCUUUGGUAAACGAUAUGAAUUCCUCAUUUGAAAGCUUAUACUCUACGUGCAGUAUGCAGUCGGAAACCACUCCGCUCCUUCAAAAUGGUCAGCUCAACCGCAGUCAGUUGCCGUCCUCAGGAUCUGGUGGACUGCAGCCCACGUCUCCAAGGCAGAAGGUGCAGCGGUCUCAGCCAGUGCGCAUUAUGGCAGUCAGGCGUCUUCAAGAAGAAGAACAGCAAUUCAGAACGUCAUCUUUGCCGGCCAUCCCAAAUCCCUUCCCAGAACUUUGUAGCCCCGCAAGCUCUCCAGUGCUGGCCCCUGGAUCUUUACCUCAGAGUCAACCUGCUAGUAAGCAUGAUGUAAAAGUCUUUAGUGAAGAUGGAACAAGCAAAGUGGUCGAGAUUCUAGCAGACAUGACAGCCAGGGACCUCUGUCAGCUGCUCGUUUACAAAAGUCAUUGUGUGGAUGAUAACAGCUGGACUCUAGUGGAGCAUCACCCUCACCUAGGAUUAGAGAGGUGCUUGGAAGAUCAUGAGCUCAUAGUUCAAGUCGAGUCCACAAUGGGAAGUGAAAGUAAAUUUUUGUUCAGGAAGAAUUACGCAAAAUAUGAAUUUUUCAAAAAUCCCAUGAAUUUCUUUCCAGAGCAAAUGGUUGCCUGGUGCCAGCAAACAAAUGGCAGUAUCCCACAGUCACAACUUUUGCAGGAGCCAAGACAUUUGCAAUUGUUGGCUGACCUAGAAGACAGCAACAUCUUCUCACUGAUAGCAGGCAAGAAGUUGUACAAUGCACCUGCGGAGUAUGGAUUUUGUAUAAAGCCCAACAGAGUGAGAAAUGAAACAAAGGAGCUGAGGUUGUUGUGUGCUGAAGACGAGCAAAGCAGGACGUGCUGGAUGACGGCCUUUCGACUCCUCAAGUAUGGAAUGCUACUGUAUCAGAAUUACAGAAUUCCCCAGCAGAGAAAAGCCAUGCUUCCCCACUUUUCCACUCCAGUAAGAAGUGUAUCUGAAAACUCACUAGUAGCAAUGGAUUUUUCGGGGCAAAUAGGAAGAGUUAUUGAAAAUCCUGCUGAAGCACAGAGUGCUGCCUUGGAAGAAGGACAUGCUUGGAGGAAACGUAGCACAAGAAUGAACAUCUUGGGUAGCCAAAGUCCACUCCAUCCUUCCACACUGAGUACAGUUAUUCACAGGACACAGCACUGGUUUCAUGGAAGAAUCUCUAGAGAAGAAUCUCACAGGAUUAUUAAGCAACAAGGGCUUGUAGAUGGACUGUUUCUUCUCCGGGACAGCCAAAGCAAUCCAAAGGCAUUUGUACUUACACUGUGCCAUCAUCAAAAAAUAAAGCAUUUUCAAAUCUUGCCGUGUGAAGAUGAUGGACAGAUAUUUUUCAGCCUGGAUGACGGGAACACCAAAUUCAGUGAUCUAAUCCAGCUUGUUGAAUUCUAUCAACUAAACAAAGGAGUCUUGCCCUGCAAACUCAAACACCACUGCAUCCGAGUGGCCUUAUGACCUCAAAUCUGACUCUCACUGAAGACUGGAUUUGCUAGAAGAGUAAUUGUAAGAGAACGUUGACACUGGGGAAUUGGCAGAUUUGUAAGUUGGUAAAAAUAAAUAAAAAUAUUAUGCACCUUGGGACUCUGAAAGGGAUGGAUUCGACAGGUGCCAACAGACCAAGAUUGCUGGUUUGUCUAACACCUAAGAGUGAUUGCUGCUGAGUGUCCCAGCAUCCCAAAAAUGGGGGGAGGGUAUGUAAAACCAUGAGUAAAUUUGAAACAAAACUGGAAACUAUCUUGGCUGGGCCACUUAACAGGAACAAGUGUGAAGAGAAAUCUUUGAAAAGAACUCUUGCCCUGGAAUAAUCUUGACAAUUAAGACUAGUGUGUUUACUUUUUGUAUUGAUCACUUUUUUUGCACUCCUACUUUGUUUCGGAUAUUGUAUGCAGCCUAUAUUAGGAGCUGAUGUGGCUUUUAAAAUUCAUGCAGGAGUUGGGUAUUAAUCUGCACCCUAAAAAUGUAUGGAAUGCUUCAGCCUAAAAGGAUCUAGAAGAAAAUCAAGAAGUGUGUGUGUGUGCACGCAUGUGUCUCAAAACUUCUCUGGAGACCUGAGGUUUGAUGAUCUGCAGAUGUCUUUGAAGAA